AUGGCACCCUCUUCGGACCACCUGAUUCCGACUCGAUCGACCGACCGGGUCCACAUCGCCCAGGUCGGAUACGAUUAUCUACCUGAUAAUAAAUACAAGCUUGCUCAUUUAUUCGGCAAGGAAGGUGACAAAAUCGGCUACCUGUAUGAUUUCGGAGAUAAAUGGUUCCACAACAUCGAGAUCCAAAAGAUCUAUGCUCUCGAAGAAUCAACUGGCGUCAUCGAGAUCAUCGAUGGGAAAGGGAUGUGUCCGGGAGAAAAUCUGCACGGAAGUUUACAAUACAACGACUUCUUGAAAGAAUACGACGAAGCGUCGUACGCCGAGAAAGUCGAGAAGAAGAGGGAAAUUUUCGACACCCCGAACUACAAAUCUUUUGGAAAACCACCUCUCUUGUUCAAUCCCGAGGUUUUCGACAUUCAGGCUGCCAAUGAACGCCUUGCAGAAGCCCUUGGUGGACCUAACUCCGUGCGUAGUGGCUCGAAGAAGUUCAUGAUGCCGGUCAUGCCCGGAGCGGAGGGACUUAUGGAUUCAAUGGACGGGAAGUGGCUGAAGAAAGGUCAAUCGAUCGUAAAGACGCAUGAUCAAGAAAACUUUGGAUAUUGGAACGAGACGACCUCUAGCACGAAGGACCGGCGACGUGAGGCAGUUUGCGCUUCGUGCGGUAAACCGGCCGCGCGAGACGUACAGCUCAAGCAAUGCAGCGGCUGUCGUCAAGUUUUGUACUGUUCUCCCGACCACCAAAAGGCUCAUUGGAAAACUUUGCACAAGAAACAGUGCACUCGCCAAUACCUUUCCUAA